AGUUCUUUUUUCUUUCAAGUUUCUACAAAGUGGACUUUGCGCUGAGUAUUCAAGAUAAACACCAAACCCACCAAUAUUUUCGAUCUCACUCUCAAUCUUAUUACACCAAAAACAUAUCAAAUUUAUCAAAAUCAAAUUCCAAAUCAUUUCCCAUUUCUUACAAGAGAAGAAAAAAGAAAAAGAAAAACACUUAAAUGUCCACCACCGACGCCAAUUCAGCGGCGGCGCCGCCGCCGCAGUCAUCUCGGCCAACCAUAACCCUCCCUCCUCGACCCUCCGCCGAGGCCUUCUUCUCCGGUGCCGGCGCUGGCAUCAGUCCAGGCCCCAUGACUCUUGUCUCUAGCUUCUUCUCCGAUGGCGGCGGUUCUGACUCCGACUACCGCUCCUUCUCUCAGCUUCUCGCCGGCGCCAUGGCGUCCCCGCUUGCCUUUGGCGGAGCUUCCAGGCCUCCCUUUCCGCCCCCCGAGAAUCCCGGCGAGAAUUCCGGUGAGGAAGGAGCGCAGAAGAGCUUAGGGUUCAAGCAGAGUAGGCCCAUGAACUUGGUGGUUGCUCGUUCUCCAAUGUUCACUAUCCCUCCAGGGUUGAGUCCUUCUGGGUUUCUCAAUUCGCCGGGGUUCUUUUCCCCUCAGAGCCCCUUUGGGAUGUCGCACCAACAAGCUUUAGCACAAGUUACUGCUCAAGCUGUGUUUGCUCAAUCUCAAAUGCAUAUGCAAGCUGACUAUCAGGCGCCUGCAGUAACAGCUCCGACAGCUCCCGCAAAUCUAUCAGUAGAGCAGCCAUCUUUUACUCAAAAUGAAGCUUCGCAGCAACAAGUGGUACCAUCUGUAUCAGAACCCAGCAAUGCUCAAGUGGAAACAUCGGAUAUUUCGAACACUGAUAAUAAGAAAUAUCAACCAUCUUCCAUGGUCAUUGACAAACCUGCAGAUGAUGGUUACAACUGGCGUAAGUAUGGGCAGAAGCAGGUUAAGGGGAGCGAGUUUCCACGGAGCUACUACAAGUGUACACAUUUGAAUUGCCCUGUUAAGAAAAAGGUUGAGCGUGCCCCCGAUGGUCACAUAACUGAAAUUAUCUAUAAAGGCCAGCAUAACCAUGAAAAGCCUCAGGCAAAUAGGCGUGUAAAAGAAAAUAAUGAUUCAAAUGGAAAUUCAAAUGUUCCACCCAAGUCUGAGUUGACUUCUCAGGGUUGGGUUGGAAAUGCAACUAAGGUUGCAGAAAGCAUGCCUGAUUGUUCGGUUCCUGAGAGUGACCAGACCUCCAAUCAAGGGGCAAGUAGGUUACCUGGAUCAAGUGAGAGUGAGGAAGUGGGUAAUGUGGAUAAUAGGGAAGAGGGAGAUGAUGGUGAGCCUAACCCUAAGAGAAGGAACACCGAGGUUGCGGUUUCUGAAGUACCUCUAUCGCAGAAAACCGUUACAGAACCCAAAAUCAUCGUGCAAACAAGAAGUGAAGUUGAUCUUUUGGAUGAUGGCUACAGGUGGCGAAAGUAUGGUCAGAAAGUGGUAAAGGGAAAUCCUCAUCCAAGGAGUUACUACAAAUGCACUAGUGCCGGAUGCAAUGUGCGAAAGCACGUUGAGAGAGCUUCGUCGGACCCCAAAGCCGUCAUAACUACUUACGAGGGAAAACAUAAUCACGAUGUACCUGCUGCUAGAAGCAGUAGCCACAACACAGCGAGUAACAAUUCAGUGCCUCUGAAACCGCAUAAUCCGGUGCCACAGAAGCAUCCUCUACUUAAAGACAUGGAUUUCGGAAGCAAUGACCAAAGACCGGUACAUCUGCGUUUAAAAGAAGAGCAAAUCAUAGUGUAAAUUCUGGCGCCAAUAUCAGUUAUGGAACAGAAUUCACAUGGUACAUAAUGAAGUUUUCUAGAAGUUGAAAGGAUAAAGAGAAACUGAAGGUGUAUUUAAAGUUGGAAAUGGUUAGUUCAUGUGUUUUGUUGUUUUGUUGUAUCUUUUGUAUGUAAGCAAACACCACCUUUUGUACAUCUAAAUUAUGGAACUGUUACUGUAUAAGAUGAUUUUCACACGUAUGAAGAUGCAUUCCAGAUUAAUGCUAUGGAGUAUGGACAUAAUUGUAAUUUCAAAUUAGUAGACUGUUCCUGUUACUGUCUAUUACAUCCUUGUAUAGGGCAGGCAGUUCUGGAGCAGAAAUAAAAUUAUUGAAACUUGAAAAGGUUUGUGGCAGCAUCACAUUAUUGAACUA